UUCCCAUUUCCGAUGGGUAUAAAAAGAGGUUAUAUAUGCCUCAUUCUGCAAUAUCAUCCCAACUUUCAAAGCAAUUUUCUCCAUUAUAUCAUCACUUAAUCUCUGUGCUAUUCACUACAAAUGGCUCUUUCACUAACUAUUGAGAAAGAAUUUGCUCAAACCUCAGAGAGAGUGAAGUCUGUAGAUCUGCAUCCAACUGAGCCAUGGAUGCUAGCAAGUUUGUAUUCAGGAACUAUUUGUAUUUGGAACUACCAGUCACAGACCCUGGAGAAGUCCAUCAAAGUCACUGAGUCACCAGUCAGAUCAGUAAAGUUUGUAGCUCGCAAACACUGGAUUAUAACUGGGGCUGAUGACAAGUUCAUUCGGGUAUACAACUACAAUACUUUGGAAAAGAUCAAAGAGUAUGAAGCACAUACUGACUUUAUCAGGAGUGUCACUGUCCAUCCAACUCUACCAUAUCUGCUGUCAUGUUCUGAUGACAAGGUUAUAAAGCUUUGGGACUGGGAGAAGGACUGGGAAUGCACUCAGGUCUUUGAGGGGCAUUCCCACUAUGUGAUGCAAGUGGCUUUCAAUCCGAAAGACACCAAUAGUUUUGCUAGUGCCUCUCUAGAUGGAACCAUUAAGACAUGGAACAUUGGCUCUUCUGCCCCAAAUUUUACACUACAAGGCCACUCAAAAGGAGUGAAUUGUGUUGAUUACUUUAUUCACAGCGAUAAGACUUACCUGUUAAGUGGUUCUGAUGACUUCACUGCCAAGGUAUGGGACUAUGAAACUACAAGUUGUGUGAAAACUCUAGAAGGUCAUGAGAACAAUGUAACAACUGUGAGUGUUCAUCCUGAGCUUGCCAUAAUAAUUACCAGUUCUGAGGAUGGGACUGUUCAUAUAUGGAAUGCAACCACAUUUAGUCUAGAGCACAAACUGAACUAUGGUCUUGAAAGAGUUUGGGCCAUUGGACACGUGAAAGGAUCAUACAAGGUUGCAUUUGGUUUUGACAAUGGAACCAUUAUAGUCAAAAUGAAUACUUCUGCUUGACAUUCUGUGUACCUCCAAGCAUGAUGAGAAGCAAAGUGAUGAAACAAAAGACCUCUAAGUUAUAUAUGCUGUAAUUUAUACCGUCUGCUCUGAAAUUUAAAGUGAGUUGUAAUGUUGUAUGAUAUCUAUGUAAUCCUACUGAAGGAAUAUUCCUACGUGGCCAAUAAAAGUUUCCUUAUUUAUAUGUAAUUUGUUUGUGCAUGCUUUGUAAUAUCCCUCAAGACUAGUUGUACUGCUUCUGUAAUUUCUGUUUUAUAUAAAAGGAAUAAACUUUGUUUGCGUUGUUUA